GCUGGCUGUGAAUCUCCUUGGGUCUCGCGGGGCGGACACCGGGUCUGCAAUCGGCCGAGAGAGAGGUCUGAACUGAAAAGUAGGACAGGUGCCUUCCCCUCCCGUGCGAGUUUGCUCCGUGAAGAACACCUUCCCGGUGGUGAGGGGUGUGGAGACCGCGGGAAGGAUCCUGGUCUGGAGGUGACUUAUAGCUGGUACUUAGUCUCACGGCCUAAUAAGGACCAGGAGUGCGAAGCGUCUCCACCCUAGUUAUUUUGUUUGGUCCUCGCAGGUAAAUGUUUCACAGGCAUCUGCAUUUGCUCACUUAACAGUCGUACUGUGAUGAGCCAACUUGUGCGAGGUGUGAUUUCUGUUUAUCUGUCUUUCUCCACCACAUUCCUCCAAAGCCACAACUUAUUUUGGAAUACUAGCCCAUAUAGACAGACGAUUGGAAUGCCUAUUUUAAGAGAUCUGGUAUUUAUAGCCAGUGAAGACCUUGAUUGGUAUGAUAAUACUUUUAAGACCUCAAGUAUUUCCCUUUAAGCUUCCUCCUCCACAGAUCUAGGAAUACCAGUGGAGUACUCUGCUGACAUAUUUAUUAAAAAACAAACUUCAGAUGCACUUAAAUAAGAACCUUAUAAUGGGAUUAUUCAUAAUUUUAGAUAUGGAAAAAGAGCAUGACUUACUCUUUGUAGGUGGAAAUCAGCGGGAACUUGCCCGCCAGAAAAACAUGAAGAAAUCCCAGGAAAUCAACAAGGGAAAAAGAAAAGAGGAUAGCUUGACUACCUCUCAGAGAAAGCAGAGAUAAGUGAUACUAAUUCUCAAGGACUCUGAGAUAAUGCAACAAAAGCAGAAGGUAGCUAAUAAGAAGUCUAUGCAGACAAUAAAAAAAUGAUCACUACUUGGAAAACCUGGGUGCUACUGCCAACUAGGUGUCUCAUAACUCUAUGAUCAAGAUUUUUGUAGAGUGGACAGUCAUUACAUAAGUUAUAACAUAUCCUUAUAAAGCUCUUUUAAACUUAACCUUUCAGCCUGAUUUAGUGUGAUAUUUCAGAACCAUCUUCAAAGAAUAAAACACUAACUA